GAAACGGACAGUGGAAACGCAACCUCAACCAAACACCAGCGGAGACGAAUUGGGCGAAUUUUUGCUUUAAAUAAGCCUUAGUUUCUGACAUAAAUUGUAUUCUUAGAGGGAAAAUAGCAAUGGGAAAGGGAAAAAAGAAAUUCGUUGAUAAGAACAAGGCCACCACUUUUCACUUAGUUCACCGUUCUCAAAGAGAUCCAUUGUUCUACCAAGAAGGUACCACAGAACAUGUUUUGGUGACUACAGAUGUCUUGAAAAAAUCGGCUCGUAGUAUUCGACGUGCUGAGCUUGACGACGAAUACAGCAGCAAUGUUCGUUCGAACGAGGGCGAGGCUGCCAUGUACGGUGUAUAUUUUGAUGACACUGAAUAUGACUAUAUGCAGCAUUUGCGUAACAUUGGUAAUGAGGACGCUACUUGGGUUGAGGCACCAAGUGCACGCAAGCAAAAACCAAAGGAGAAAAACUCGUCUAUCCAGCUGAAGGAGGAUAUUGUUUUGCCCGAAGAGGUGAAUCCCUCGGCAACUGAAUUGCCUAUGACAUAUCAAAAUCAACAAAAUGUCCCCGACGCAAUUGCUGGUUUCCAGCCUGAUAUGGAUCCACGCUUGCGUGAAGUACUCGAAGCGCUAGAGGAAGCCGAACGUGAAGAAGGAGAUGCUGAGCUGGCUUCCAGCAUUGGUACCAACCUAGAAGCAGAGUUUGCUGAGCUUAUCAAAGAAGGUCCUGUGGACGAAAACGAAUUUUAUGCUCAUGGAGAAGAACUCAAACCUGAAUUGGAAGAAUUUAACGAGGAAGCAGUUCGUCAAACCGGUAAACAAGAAUGGGAAAUUGAGUUUGAACGGUUUAAGCACGAGCAACGCAAGAACAAAGCUGCCAACAGUGACGAUGACUUUGAUAGCGAAGAGGAAUUUGAUGAAGUUCCUGAGCUGGUAUCUGCCACGACUGCUGCACCUGCUACAAAACCCCCCAAAGCUCGCAAAGCCAAGACUGCCUUGUCGGCAGUUUCCAUGACUAGUUCUGCACUUUUCCGAAAUGAGGGUCUUACGCUGUUGGACGACCGUUUUGACCGAAUUGAGGAAGAAUACGUUCCUCUUCGAGAUGAGUCGCAGCUUGUUGACCCAGAGCAAAAGGACGUCAAUGAACUCAUUCACGAUGCACAAUUUAACAACGUUAUGGAUGAUUUCUUGACGUCCUUUGGAUCAAAAAUGGGUCGUAGAAAAGCGCCUUCUCGCAUGACGAAGAACAAGAAGAAGGCGGCUUUGGCCGAACUUGAUAAUGUUCGGAGACAGCUCCGCGAUGUAAAGAUUUAGUUUUUGGUAAUUGGCUUACAGGUUGUUGAUUUAAUUAUUGGUUUAUUCACAUUGAAAGCUUUAAGUUCAUUCAUAAUUGGGAAGAUAAUUAAAACAAACACUGUACAAACCCUACACUUAACACUCAAACAAAAACACAAACA